AUGCCCCCUUCUAACACACCUUUUCGCGUCCCCUCUUCUCGUCGUCCCAAUUCCGCCGCUCGCCCCAACGCUGGCCCCCAGUUCGCGUCAACACCCCGUUUCGUCCUCUCCCAACAGACCCCUCGCUCAACCGCGCAGGUAUAUGGCCAAGAUGACCUCAUUGAUGGCGAUGAAUCUCCUCAAUCCACCCCUGUCGCAGAUAGACGGGCCACCAAAAGAGACCAAGAUAUCAGACCAACCCAGCGCCAGAAAGAGAUAAUUGAAGACUCCGAUGACGAACUAGAUUACAACGGAGGAGCCCACCGGACUUUGCCAGAUGAUAUCACCGGGAGCCCAGAUCUGAAAUGUAGUCCACAAGGCGACGCAGGCGAGCUCGAGGCCGAAUUCGAAGCUCUGUUCGGACCGACGACGACACGAACAAAGCGAAGACGCGCAUCGCUUGACCCAGAAACACCCUUCACCCAGCGAAGGAAACACGAAGAUGAUACAAUUCAGACGUCUUCCCCAGAAGCAGAAUUGCCUACGGGGGGCCAAACUCAACAACAAAUCCAAACUCCGACCCAGACAUAUGCCGACAUAAUCCCUCAACGAAACACUACUACUCCCCAACAUCCAACACCAGCAACCAUCAAACCCACCCUCCGCAACAACCCUCGCUUCAUGCCAUCAUCCUCCCAGGUAUUCUCAAGUACCCAGCCCCAGUCAAGCGCUCGACCACCCCCAUUCGCUACACCGGCACCAACCUCCCCGAAACGGAAACCGGCGUUCGUUCUACCGCGCUCGCCAUCCCCGUCUCAGGCCGCUGAAGACCCCUCCGCCAUCCCUACCCCAUUUUCCCCUUCAUCUCACACGCUCCGUCGCCGUGGCCGUCACCGCUCCGCGGCCCCUAGUUAUCUGCCCGGCGGCAUGGCGGCCGAAGUGCGCAGCUGGAUAUUAGAAAUGAGCACCAGGCGAGACCAGAUGCAGAUGAACCACCGAAACCGCUCCGGCGCCGGACCUGAUCUGCAGAGGUAUCUCCUCGUCGUUCGUAUCGCGGAGGUCCGUCAGUCUGCCCUCGCUAGUUCCGGGCCGCUUGCUUUCGUGCGAGGCCAACCUGUGACGUCACUGGAUGAGGAAGAAGACGUCGCCUCUGGUCCUCGUGAGGGCAGUGAGAUGAAAAGUAUUCUUCUUUUAGGGGCCCCACGCUCCCAGCCGGCUGGGCUGUCGUCGCAGUAUCCAGAUGCUCCUCGUGUUCCUGGACUUGUUGGGGGGAAUCUGGUGGGUGUUUAUCGGGGAUUGGUCUGGGAGUUAGAUUUAGAGGAUCGGCUGUCUGGAUCCGGGUUACCAAGUGAUCCUAAUAGCGACGGACACGGGCAAUCCGGGACCACGACUAGGUGGCUGGUGUGUAUGGAGUGGGAUCUGAUAUCUGCAGAUUGA